AUGGCAUGGGAAACUACUCGUCGCCGGCUGGUCCGCAAAGUGAACAGCAAAUAUAUUUACGGUCGCAUCCCGCUGCUACAUACCGUUGUCCUCUUUAUCGAAGUUACCCUCCUCGCGCGACUGACGACCAAGUUCAGCGUUUACUACGAAGACCGACCAGUCAUGACCAUGAUGAUCACCAACGCCAUUCUCGGCGGCAUGGCCGACACCGUCGCCCAACUCAUAACCGCCAUCAACGCCCGCAAACCCCUCAAGCCAGGUGGCCUAUCCAAGCACGACCCGCUAUCCAUCGAACUCCACGAGCUCGACAGGAAAGACGGACUCCUGGGCAAAGAUUUCGAAAAGCGCGGGAUGGCCUUUCCCUUCGACUUUGAGCGUCUCGUUCGGUUCAUGGCGUACGGUUUCGCCAUCGCGCCGGCGCAGUUCAAGUGGUUCCGGUGGCUGGAGGAGCUUUUCCCUAUUACGAAGGAGAGUGCGUUGGUGCCGGCUUUGAAGCGGGUUGUUUGCGAUCAACUGCUUUGGGCGCCGUUGAGUGUUCUUGCGUUCUUCGUCUUCAUGACCGUCACUGAGGGGGGCGGUCGGCGAGCCAUAACUGCCAAGUUGAAGGAUAUGUACUUCCGGACACUCAUGACGAGCUAUCUCAUCUGGCCCGCUGUACAGAUUGUCAACUUUCGACUGAUGCCUAUCCAACUUCAACUGCCGUUCGUCUCUUGUGUUAGUAUCGCCUGGACGGCUUAUCUCUCCCUUGCCAACGCCUCUGAUGUGACGGACAGCGCCUUCGGCGAGCAUUGGGCGGGCUAG